AUGGCCCCAAGAACCAUCUACCUUCUUUCAUUGCGACAAGCCGCAAGCCAGCGUGCCCAUUUUGCCAUCUUUGUUCCGUCGGCGACCAACCCUCGGAAAGGCAGCCUGAUUAAUGUUGUCGGGGCACCAAUGACUGGUUUCUCACACCAAUUCGAACGGGGCUAUGAUCCAGACAUCGCUCAGGAGGACUACGAAAUGUGGCCCAUUGGCGAGGUAGACUCCUCACAUAUUGUUGACUGGCCGGAUGAUGCUCGCGCUAUACAUACCGAUCCCAAAGGAGACAUGGAGAUUGCUGCCUGCCAGGUGCCAGCACCAGGCAUCAGUGGGAAUUUCAUGGCCCCUGUGAAUGAUACGACAAACAAAAGAUGUCAAGAGUGGACCAUGGAUUAUGUCCGUCAUCUGGUCGCGGAAGGAUACAUUGGACCCGACGCUUGUGAGAUCGUGCAAUCUAAACGUGACCCUCCCACUCAUGGAAUUGGUCUACGCCGGGUAGCAGCAUAG